GCUGGUGGUUUCACACCCCGAGCAAUAGAGCAGCUCCUGCAAUUGAGGAUUCCUCUCGGGGAGACUGCAGCCUGUCAGCAUGGCUCACGAGUUUGUGAACAGCAAAAUCCAUCAGGGGAAGGUGGUCGUGUUCAUCAAGCCCACCUGCCCCUACUGUAAAAAGACCCAAGAGAUCCUCAGUCAGUUGCCCUUCAAACAAGGGGUUCUGGAAUUUGUCGAUAUCACAGCCACCGACGACGUAAAUGAGAUUCAAGAUUAUUUGCUACAGCUCACAGGAGCAAGAACGGUGCCUCGAGUCUUUAUUGGCAAAAAUUGCAUAGGUGGGUGCAGUGAUCUAAUAACUAUGCAACAGAGUGGGGAACUGGUGACGCGUCUAAAGCAGAUUGGAGCUCUGCAGUAAUCACAGAGUUGGCCCCACGCUGAUGUCCCCCCUUGUGAGCAGGAUGGCAUUGCAAAUGAUGACAGCACUUCCUGGUGGAUGGAAUUUUGGGCAAAAACAGCUUUUUUCUUCUUUUGGCUCAGUAUUACAAAGUGGAUCAACUUGCCCUUAACUAUGGGGCCAAGAAGGUUGAAGGACCAUUUUGGUUUUUUCCUGGAUUGGCCCUUUGGGUUCCAGAAGACCGUGACAAGUUCUGGCUUAAGAUUUACUCACUGACCCAAAAGAGGUUCUUCCUCUCUGCAUGUUUCUUCCUUACUGUUCUCCACGUGCCAGCAUGCCUCUACCUCUAAGCCAGUGUUUCUCAACCAUGUUUAUCCAAGUCCCCCCUGGGGAUGAUUCUGUGAGGGUACUUCAAAAAGUUCAUGAAAAGAUUCUUAACUUUUUGCUACUGUCCAUCAGCUGAUGUUAUUGUGCUGAGCUUGACUUUAUGAAAUUUGUAUUAUGAAAUCAA